GGAGGGGGGCCUGCUGAGUCAGUCACGAGACGGCCUGCUGCGGAACUGAGAAGCUGACGUCACGAAGGGCAGCCUUUGAAGGGGACCCUUUGAAAGAGUUGUUUUUGCGCCGCCUGGUUUUAUCACCAGGCUACUGUUUCAAGCGGCGUCGCCGGCCGCCCCUGGGGGGAAGGGGAGCACGACGGCGAAUUCCAGAACGGGACGGCUCCUCGGAGAACGUGUCACGAGUCGCGGCGCGGGUCGUCCAGUGCAGUCACGGCCUCCAACCGUGCACCAUCACGCGUGCGGACCCACAGCCCGUCAGCGGAAGUGCGGCGCGAUCGUUCCUUCGGUGGCGCGUUCGGCGGAGAGCAGUGCUGUGUCCUUGGCUUGACCGCCCACCAGAAGUCUAAAGACGUGCUCGCCUGCCUCCUCAACCCCGCCGAGUGCCUAGGCUGCACCCUGCGUACUGCGUUACCGCGAGGGCACGUUUUUGUUGAUUUUUUGCAUUGGAGGUUCUGACGAUGUCUAGCAACUCGUCGGCUAAUGGUGAAGACGCGGGGCCGUGCGCGGUGUGCGGUGCGCAGGGACGAGCGUGCGCGCGGUGCCGCGUAGACUUCUACUGCGGCAAGGACCACCAGCUGCAGGACUGGCCUCGCCACAAGCUGGGCUGCAGCUUCCUCGAGGUGCGCAGUGACCCGUUGCUAGGACGCCACUUCGUGGCCGCCAAGGCCAUCCCCGCCGGCACGGUGUUGAUGCGCGAGACUCCCCUUGUCUCCUUCCCGACGUCUUGGGACAUCCCUGCUGAUGGAUCACCCUUCACCAUGUGCGUGGGAUGCGGCAGCGAGUCGCGCGAUUACUUGGCGGCGUGCGUGGCGCAGUGCAAGUCGUGCGGCUGGCCGGUGUGCAGCGCCGCCUGCGGCCUGCGCGAGGAGCACCAGGCCGAGUGCGGGGCCUUCCAGCGCGCCGGCUUCAAGCUCAAGGCUGGGGACGCGAACCGCCCCGGCGCCGCGAGGCUGGACGCCCUGACGGCCCUGCGGGUGGGCCUGGCCUUCGCGGACACCAAGGUCGGCGCGAGCUUGCGCCGCCUGCCCAGCCGGCUGCCCGAUCUACAAGCUGCCCUCAAGGACGCCGGCGUGCACCGCCAGGCCGUCGAGGACAGCCACAAGGCGUUCGCCGGGAGGCUGCGCCGUGCUUCGCAGUGGCUGCGCGACGAGGCGCGGGUGCACUGCCUGUCCGCGGAGGAGCUGGAGCGCGGCCUGGCCGUGGCGCUGCUCAACGGCAUGGAGGGCGCCAGCGGCAGCGAGUUCUACCUGAUCGGAGGCGUGUUCGCGGGGCUGUCCCUGGUGGGCCACAGCUGCUUGCCCACGGCGUGGCGCUACGCGUGCCGCCGCGACUCCAAGGACAUGCAGCUGGUGGCGUCGCGGGACGUGGCCAAGGGGGAGCGCCUCACCACGUCCUUCAUCCGCGACCCGCUCAGCGCCUCCCUGGGCUGCGACACGCAGCGGCGCCGCGCCGUGCUGGCCGACAUGACGGGGCGCGUGUGUCGCUGCGCGCUGUGCGAGGACCCCACGCAGCGCGGCCUGUACCUCAACUCGUGGCGCUGCGCCUGCUGGCAGCACCAUGGCUGUCACGAGCUGGUGCUGGUGCUGGAGGGCGGCCGCUGGCGGUGCGACGGCUGUGGCUGCGAGGGCGCCACGUCCGCGCAGGACGGGGAGAGGUUUCUCGGGGGGCUGCUGGGCGCCAUGGUGUCGGGGCGCGUGGGUGGAGGCCAGGCCUGGCUGCCGGAGGGCGCGCAGCUGGACGGCGCCACGGGCCAAGGACUGCCCCUGCUGCUCGAGGAGUACUUCGGGGACCUGGUGGCGGCCCGCACCACGGAAGUGGCGCAGUGGGAGGAGUUCAUCGCGGACGCGCUGCCGCCCAACGGGCCCCUGCACCCCACGCACCACCUGGUGCUGCGCGCCAAGCGGCAGAUCCUGUGUCCCGACAAGGACGGCGUGGAGGCCGACAUCACGAACCUCAAGCUGCGCAUGCCCAAGACGAUCGACGAGGCGCGGCGCUACUCCUCGCACGGCAGGGACCUGCUGCGGGCGGUGGAGGUGCUGCGUCCGGGCGUGAACCACUACCGCACCGACCUGCUGCGCCAGCUCGUGGUGCUGGACGUGAUGAGCGUCACCCUGUUUGCAGCCCUGCCGCCGUGGCAGUGCACCGCCCGGAGGGCCGAGUGGACGACCAUUGUGAAAGAGUUCGCGGAGGAUUUGUCCACUGUGAAGAAAGCCUCUGUCAGUCCUUUCGAAGUAGAGACGGUUCACUCUCUUAUUUCGCAGAAGAACAUGUUGUUAGCUGCUCUGAAUCCAGUCUUAAAGAAGGACACUCAAGAACUUCAAGUGAUUUAGAAAGACUAUCUCAACAAAAUGUAAUUUGCUGUUAGGAGGGGUCACGUGUCAUGCGUCCUAUUUGCCAAUCAAUAAUUUGAAUUAUUUUGGUGAGAUGGUCUAUGGUGGGGGGAAUGUAGUUGUGGUUCUUUUAGUCCGUCUUGUGGUCAGUGAAUUGGAGAAUUUGAAGUAAUAAAGAAAGAUGGUCUAAAACAUAAACGUUCUUGUAUUGUUGGGAAGGGAUCAUGGGUCUUUCCGUGCUUUUGGUCUAAUGAAUUGACUUUAUGUCUACUCAUGCCAAUAAAGUCUAAUGCGUUACUUGA